ACUCCUACUUUAUAGAGUCAGGACCUCGGUUUAAUGCUGCUUUUUACAUUAUAGUGUCCCUGUCACUAUACUGGGGCAAAAUUCCAUUUGUUUAAAUCCUCUUUUAAAUAGAAUGUUUAGAACAAACAAAGCCUGAUGAUGUCAUUGGAGAACCUUUUAAAGUUCUAAAUGAUAUUCUCCAGUUCUGUAGUAAACCAUCUACAGUGAUCCGAGGAACAUACAACGUGACUUUUUUUCAAUCCCGAAAGCAAAUCAAGACCCUUAAACAGCCAAACAGUUCUAGAUCACGAAGAGGGUUUAAAACCAAACCUGUAGAGUGUGGGUCCGUUCUUUCUCUCAUGACAUCAGAAGAUUUGAUCUUUAACACCUCUCUGGCCGAGCCGGUCCCUGAAGGUUAUGAAGAUGUUACCGAUAUCGUCCCUCCUUAUAGUGCUUUCUCUGCGAAAGGACAGCCAGAGGAUGAGCUGGUUUAUGUUAAUUACGGACGGACGGAGGAUUUCUUUAAGCUGCAGAGAGAGUUGGGAAUAAACUGUUCAGGAAAAAUCGUCAUCGCAAGAUACGGCAAAAUCUUCCGUGGGAACAAGGUGAAGAACGCAAUGUUAGCAGGAGCUAAAGGGAUCGUGCUGUUCUCGGACCCUGCGGAUUACUGUGCAGACGGCGUGGAGCCGUACCCCGACGGCUGGAACCUGCCAGGAGGAGGCGCUCAGAGAGGAAACGUGCUGAAUCUGAACGGGGCGGGAGACCCGCUCACACCUGGAUACCCUGCCAAAGAAUACACCUACAGAUCUGGUCUGGAGGAUGCAGUGGGGCUUCCCAAGAUUCCCGUGCAUCCCAUUGGAUAUCAUGAUGCAGUUCACUUGCUGCAGCGUAUGGGAGGGCCUCUUCCGCCGGAUAACUGGAAAGGUGCCCUUAAUGUCUCGUACCGAAUCGGACCGGGAUUCAUAGAUGGUUUUAAUCAGAAUAAAGUGCGUAUGAACGUCCACACAAACAAUCAGGUGACCCGAAUCUACAACGUGAUUGGCUGGAUCAGAGGAGCGGUGGAGCCAGACAGGUACGUGAUUCUGGGCGGUCAUCGGGACGCUUGGGUGUUCGGAGGGAUCGAUCCGGUGUCAGGAGCUGCUGUGGUGCACGAGAGUGUGAGAGCAGCUGGAAAACUCAUCAAGAAAGGUUGGAGGCCGAGGAGAUCGCUGAUCUUUGCCAGUUGGGACGCAGAAGAGUUUGGCCUGCUGGGAUCCACAGAAUGGGCAGAGGAUCACGCCAGAGUCCUGCAGCAGCGAGCCGUGGCUUACAUCAAUGCAGACUCUGCUAUUGAGGGUAUGUACACACUGAGAGUCGACUGCACUCCCUCUCUACACACUCUGGUGUAUGACAUCACCAAGAAGGUUUCGAGUCCAGAGGAGGGAGAGGAGGGCAUGAGUUUGUAUCAGAGCUGGCAUAAACGAGACAACUCCACAGAAAGAGAUGCACCGCGGAUCAGUAAACUGGGCUCUGGCAGUGAUUUUGAAGCGUAUUUCAUUAGAUUAGGCAUUGCAUCUGGAAGGGCGAGAUACACCAAAAACCGAAAAACCGAGCGCUACAGCAGUUACCCCGUGUACCACAGCGUGUAUGAGACUUACGAGAUCGUGGAGCGCUUCUACGACCCGAGUUUCCGCCGGCUGGAGGCCGUGGCCCGUGUUCGGGGAGGACUGAUCUUCAGUUUGGCCGAUUCUCCGGUCUUACCUCUGGACUGUGUGGAAUACGCCUUGUCUCUCACCAAAUACGCCAACAGCAUCCACCAGCUGGCACUGAAACACCCUGCUGCCGUGCAGAAGUACAGCGUCUCGUUCGAUUCUCUCUUCUCUGCGGUCGGAAACUUCACGGUUGCGGCAGGAGAUUUUCACCAGCGACUUGAUCAGCUCGACACCUCGAAUGCUCUGGCCGUGCGGAUGGUAAAUGACCAGCUGAUGUAUUUAGAGAGAGCUUUUAUUGAUCCGCUGGGUUUGCCUGAGAGACCAUUUUACAGGCAUAUUAUUUUUGCACCAAGCAGUCACAAUAAAUACGCGGGUGAGUCUUUCCCAGGGAUUUAUGAUGCUUUGUUUGACAUUGAGAACGCGGUGGACCAGCAGAAGGCAUGGGACGAGGUCAAACGGCAAAUCAGCAUCGCCGCCUUCACGGUCAACACAGCUGCCGAGACGCUAAAACCUGCCGGCAACUAGACUGCCUUUCUUUAGUUCUGGGUUUCAAAACAUGCCAUGGAUACAGGACUACAACAUGUCAGCAAAAUAGAGACUUAUUCAAGGAAUAGUUCACCCAAAAAUGACAAUUUGCUGAACGUGUCCUCACCCUCAGGUCAUCCGAGAUCAGGAUGAGUUUGUUUCUUCAUCAGGUUUGGAGAAAUGUAGCAUUGCAUCAG